AUGAGAGUAAAAAAUGUUAUUUUGUUUGUUGGCGAUGGCAUGGGACUCACGACAGUCACAGCAAGUCGCGUUCAUAAAAAACAAAAAUUAGACAAUUUUGAAGCUUUGUUGUCAUUUGACGAAUUUCCGGCUUCAGCAAUGAUUCGAACUGACACUGCAAAUACACAAAUAUCUGAGUCAGCAGCAGCUGCAACAGCACUUUUUUGUGGUGUUAAAACAAAUUUUGAGAAUCUUGGAGUUGACAUAACAGCAGAUCAUGAAAUAUGCAACAAUAUCGAUUCAGACACGCCAUCGAUCAUCUCUUGGGCUCAGAAUGAAAACCUCAAAACUGGUUUUGUAACCACAACGAGAAUAACUCAUGCAACUCCAGCCGCACUUUAUGCUCAUUCACGUCGUCAUAUGGAAGAUGAUUCGAAAAUUGACACCACUUGUAAAGACAUUGCGAGACAGUUGAUAGAAGAUGAAACUGGACGAAGAUUGAAUGUUAUUAUGGGUGGUGGGCAUCGAAGCUUUAUACCAGAAAGUGAAUCAGAAGGAAGACGAAAAGAUGGAAGAAACUUAAUAAAGACCUGGAAAAAUGACCAUCCAAAUGGUGAAUUUGUUACUGACCGUUGGCAGAUGAUGAACAUUAGUGAUGACACUGAACACGUUCUUGGACUAUUCUCAAGUUCACACAUGAAGUUCAAUGCUGACCGCGAUAAGGAAGCUGAACCAUCAUUAGCGGAAAUGACAAAAAUGGCAAUUAAAGUUCUUAAAAGAAAUAAUCGAAAUGGUUUCAUGUUGAUUGUUGAAGCAGGGAAAAUUGAUCUUGCACAUCAUUUCAAUAAUGCAUUUCGUGCAUUGGACGACACACUUGCUUUAGAUAAAGCUGUAGAAGUUGCAGUUAAAAAUGUUGAUCUGACGAAUUCUCUUAUCAUUGUGACAAGCGACCAUUCUUCGCCAAUGAUUUACUCAGGUUACGCUACACCGAAGGAACAUUCAAUCUUAGGCAUGGAUAAAUAUUUAUCAAAUGUUGAUAAGCGCCCUUAUCAAUUGCUAAUGUAUUCGAGUGGUCUUGGUUUUGAGAACUAUCAAGAAAAUUUAGCAAAAUCGGAUCAUAGAAAUGCUUAUCAUAAGGCAGCAGUGCCAUUGACAUGGGCUAAUCAUGGUGGUGAUGACGUCCCUUUAUACGCAACUGGUUCAAUGUCUAAUCUUCUAUUCAGUGGGUCGUUAGAUCAAACAUACAUUCCACAUGCAAUUGCAUUUGCAAUGUGUCUGUUUGAUUAUAAAGAUCGUUGUUAUGGUCAUGUGAUUGAUCAGAGAAAUGAAAUCAUUCGUGGAAAAAAACCAAGUUCGAUUCAUUUAUUGAAAGAAGAACUUGAGAAGGAAAGUUUUAUGCAACAACAAAAGGAAAUUUUUAAGAAAGAAGGAAAUGAAAUCAUCAAUAAACUUGACGAUGAAAUUCUAUUCUCAAAUGUUACAGAUCUUGACACGGUUCUUACUUCAGAUUUAGUUGGAAAUUUAUCCAUUCAAGAAGGUUCAAAAGCUUCGUGUUGUUAUCUUUGGAAAUUUCUUUAUUUAAUCAUCAAUUUAGUUCUUAUAAACGUUAGAUGA